GGCGCGCGCCCCGGACAGUCUCCGAGGAGAUCUCUGCAGGAACCUGCUCAGCUCAGCCCAGCCCAGCCCAGCCCAGCCCAGCCCAGCCCAGCCCAGCCCAGCCAGCAGACCCAGGGUCGGGAUUAACUUCUGUUUUAUUUUAGUUUCUUAAGGGUUCCCUCUUCCGCACAAUCCGUCAGCGAUCCAGAGAGUUUAUUUUGCAACGAGAAUAAAUCUGCCCACCCAGCCAGACAAAGAUGUUGUCCGUCCGCACACCCCUCGCUACCAGAAACGAGAAUGUGGUCUCUGCUCAGAUGAGCAAAGUCUGUUUGAAGGAGGACAAGGAGAACACGCCGCCUUCUUUGAGCAGCGCUCGGAUCUUGGCCAGCAAGACCGCCCGCAAGAUUCUGCUGGACGCCGAUGUCUCACUGAAAUCUGAACCAUCGGAUCACUCGAAUUUAAACGACGAGCCUUUACUGAAAGAGAAUCCGCGCCGUUUUGUUAUCUUUCCCAUACAAUACCACGACAUCUGGCGAAUGUAUAAAAAAGCAGAAGCAUCUUUUUGGACAGCAGAAGAGGUUGACCUCUCAAAAGAUCUCCAACACUGGGAUUCCCUGAAAUCUGAAGAGAAACACUUCAUUUCUUAUGUCCUGGCAUUCUUUGCAGCAAGUGAUGGCAUUGUAAAUGAAAACUUGGUGGAACGUUUCAGUCAAGAAGUGCAAGUAACCGAAGCUCGUUGUUUCUAUGGAUUCCAAAUUGCAAUGGAAAAUAUUCACUCCGAAAUGUACAGUCUUCUUAUUGAUACAUACAUCAAGGAUCCUAAGGAGAGGGAGUAUCUGUUCAAUGCAAUUGAAACUUUACCUUGUGUGAAAAAGAAGGCUGACUGGGCACUGCAUUGGAUUGGUGACCGUCAAGCAACAUUUGGAGAGCGAGUAGUAGCAUUUGCUGCUGUUGAAGGAAUAUUUUUCUCUGGCUCCUUUGCUGCUAUUUUUUGGUUGAAGAAACGAGGAUUAAUGCCAGGGCUAACAUUCUCCAAUGAGCUGAUCAGCAGAGAUGAGGGUCUGCAUUGUGAUUUUGCCUGUCUUAUGUUCAAGCACUUGGUACACAAACCUUCAGAAGAAAGGGUACGGUCAGUCAUUCAGGAUGCUGUCCAAAUUGAGCAGGAAUUUCUGACAGAAUCUUUACCAGUGAACCUGAUUGGGAUGAACUGCAUCUUAAUGAAACGUUACAUUGAGUUUGUAGCUGACAGACUGAUGUUGGAACUGGGUUUUCAGAAGAUCUACAAAGUGGAGAAUCCAUUUGACUUUAUGGAGAAUAUCUCAUUGGAGGGCAAAACCAACUUUUUUGAAAAGCGAGUUGGCGAGUACCAGAGAAUGGGUGUGAUGGCUAAUACAGCUGAUAAUUCAUUCACACUAGAUGCAGACUUUUAAAUGGACCUAAAGAAUUGCAUGUGUCUGCAAAACUAGAUGGAAUGAACUUUACUUGAGUUUAUAGUCCCACAUGUCAUUGACUGGAUUGGAUACUGGUCUGUAUGAUCUCCAUUUCAAUUAGAAUUGCACAUUCUUUUAACAGGUUUCAAGAAGAUAGGGAGGUGAUUGCAUUACCUCUGAACAUUUUAAUCGUGAAAUUGCACGGUUUACUGUCAACUACAUUGCACCAGCAUUUUAAGGCAAUAUAUUUUGAUUGAUUCAACUGUUUCAGCGAGCAUUUUUUUGUUUCAGACAUUUGUUAUAGUUUAAUGUACAUAUUUUAAUGAAAAUGCACUUUCUAAAUAAAAUUCAAACUUUUUUUGUACUCUA